AUGUCAUCGAGCCCUGUCAUUCAUAGCUAUAGCCCCGGCACCUUGAUCUACGAGGUCAAUCUCUCUGUGCCAAAAGAAAACGAGCAGGAAUACCUCGUCUGGCUUCGCGAUUUCACCAAGGAGCAAGUACACAACAUCCCCGGCUUCGUCUCCUCCAUGGUCUUCUACCAGCCAAAACCAUAUGGUCUUCACUGGCUGUCGGAAGAAGGCAACGACAAGGUCUACUUGACCGCGCACUACGUCAUCGCAUCUCAGGCAGAUCUGGAUGCGUACCUUGCCGAGAACCAAGCCAAGGUCGCCUCUGCAGAGCAGGAUCGGUUCGAGUUUCUGGUCACGAGCCGUCGCACGCUUAGCGUCGUCUGCUAGACAGGCAGGGCCUCUUACACGUACAUAUAUCAUAUAGUAUUAUAAAGAAGUG